AUGUCCACGGAUCUCCAGCUCUGCCAAGAUUUGCCCAAACUCAAUUUACCUUCUUCCAAUUUUCAAUCCCAUCGCACUCCCGCCCUGGAAGAAUCCAACGCCGGUAACAUCUCCGACGACGAAGGAUGCCGCACACCCACCUCCGCCGAGCACAAGAUCCCGGCCGCCCUCGUCUGCCCGCCGGCCCCCAGGAAGCCCAAAUGGCGAGCCCCCGUCUGCAAGCGAAAGCUCUCGUUUUUCUUCGAGGUCGUCCGUGACGAGGAGCUUGAAAGCUUUUUCAGAUCCUGCGACGCCGUUUCGGUUGCUAAGAGAAGGUGUCCGUGUAUAUGA